AGCAAAUGAAUGUGUCUGAAGAAAAUUAAUGUGACAAACAAAAAAAAAAGCAGAAACUUUAUUUGAAUAGCUAAAAAUGACAAGUUGUAAUAUAAUAAGAAGAUACUCUGAUAACAGAGAAGACUAUCUUCCAAAGACCAGAUAGAUCUUGCCACUGUUAAUCUUUGACGCGUUUUCAGCAGCGAUCGAGCGAGGAGUGAUUAUUAACGACAACGCUUUUAAAAAUAACACUUCUGUGGUGACUGGCCUCGAGCGUAGUCACAUAGUAUCGGAUAAAUAUAUAGUGAGAACCUCCAGACCCGUAACACGCGAGUGUAUUUGUGUAGAAAGUGUUAAGAACUGGUCAAAAGUUAAGUCAAUGUGUCACUUGAAAGAACAAUAAUAACAAUUGAAUUGCCAAUGUCCUUCGAAAAAUAACGGAAGAACUGAAAUUGUUAGGAAACAAACAAUAAGUUGUCUAAACAAAAUGGUGGAAAUUGAAGAGAAUUCAUCGUACAAAGGUGACACUAAUGACAAUCGCGUAAGUGAACCCGCCGAUGAUCGUGAUGUUAUAGAUGUGGAGGCACGUUUGCUUAAAGUUCCACAAAAUGGAACAGCACCCAAAAAUGGUCUUAAGAAAAACGAAAAAUCCGAAUUAGAUCGUAAUACAACAGAGGAAAUUAACAAAUGGCUGCGUGAUACGCCGCUAACGGAUGACAUGACCUGUGGUUUUUGGAUAUUAAAGGGAAAAUUCUUGCAGAGAUUUGCCAACCAAACAUCAUAUGUCAUAUUGUACGGUUUAGUGGGCUGUAUAUUCUCAAUGACCUAUGCCUAUUUCAAUGGAACGAUAACAACGAUAGAGAAACGCUUUAAAAUACCAUCGAAAAAUACUGGCCUUAUAUCCGUAGGCAAUGACAUCAGUCAGAUGUUGGUAUCAGCAGUUUUAAGUUAUUAUGCCGGCAAGGGACAUCGACCGAGAUGGAUUGGCUUUGGUCUUCUUACAAUUGUAUUAUUUUGCCUUUUAACGGCAGCGCCGCACUUCCUCUAUGGCCCCGGUGAUGAUGCAUUGGCCUUAACAAAAGAAUUCGGUGCAACACCCGACGAGAAUGCAACAAUCGAAGCCAUUCGAGAACAACGCUCAAAGACGCUGUGCCGUUUAAAUGGUGCUACUGAAUGUGAGGCGGGUGAGGGAAAUUUUGCACCACAGGUUGUGUUGUUUACAGCGCAGUUUAUAUCGGGUAUCGGAGGUUCAUUAUAUUACACCCUCGGAGUGUCAUAUAUGGAUGAUAACAUCAAGAAAUCUAAGACGCCAGCUUUAUUAAGUUUGUCCUACUUUUUGCGAAUGUUGGGUCCUGCAAUUGGUUAUGCCUUGGCCUCACUGUGCCUAAGGAUUUAUAUUGCUCCCCAGCUACAUCCAGUUAUAAAAAUGAAAGAUCCACGUUGGUUGGGUGCAUGGUGGAUGGGCUGGCUUAUAAUUGGUGCCAUGAUAUUUUUGUCCGGAAUUUUACUAACAAUGUUCCCCAAAGAUUUGCCCAGAGCGGUGGCAAGACGAAUGGUUGAAGAAGAACGGCGAAAACAACGACUCUCCAUCAAAGACAAAUCAAAGAAUGAGAAAGAUAUACUUAGCGAACAGUUGGUGGAGAAACCACCCGUAGAGCACAAGGCCUCAUUCAAAGAUAUGAUGAAGACCUUUAAACGUCUGACCACCAACAAAACGUUGAUGUACAACAAUUUCUCUUCGGUAUUUUAUUUAUUUGGUUACACACCCUAUUGGAUAUUUGCACCAAAAUAUAUUGAAAUUCAAUAUCGGCAAUCGGCCUCAACAUCAAGCAUGGUUACCGGUACCGUGGCCCUGGCCUUUUCCGCCAUAGGUGUCUUACUUUCAGGAUUUGUCAUAUCGAAAUAUAAGCCCAGUGCCCGUUACAUGGCAGCUUGGAAUGUCAUAGUUGGUUUCCUAACAGUGGUCGGUAUUGUCUCGUAUGCUUUCAUUGGCUGUCCUGGCAACGAACAGUCCGUGGUGGUCAAUAUUCAUGAUAAAGCUCUCGAUGCCACACCUACAUGCAAUUCAGACUGCGGCUGUGACUAUGUACGCUAUUCACCUGUGUGUGGUGAAAAUAAUAUGACCUACAUUUCUCCUUGUCAUGCUGGCUGCAAGAAACAGUAUAUCAGUAAAACGGGUAAAAAGUUUUUCUACGACUGUUCCUGUAUUCCAACUGUUAAUACGACCCUCAAUCUAAAUCCGGCAUUCGAACGUUUAACAUCGAUCAACUUAACAGAUGAUAUGGAUUUCAAGUUUACCACAGCAGCACCGUCUCUGACAGCUUUAACAAAUUCUUUUGAUGAUCGUUAUCUGGGCGAUGGUGGACAAGCCAUUUCGGGAGCAUGUCCAGUCAAUUGUUUCACACAAUUUGUAACAUUUUUGGCGGUUAUGUGCGGCUUGAAAUUCAUUGGUGCCACGGGUAGGGCUUCGAAUUUCUUGGUCACAGUUAGAUGUGUGCCGGAGAAGGAUAAAACUGCGGCCAUGGGUUUUGGCAUGAUGAUGAUGUCCAUGUUGGCCUUUAUACCCAGCCCCAUAUUCUUUGGUUGGGUGCUGGAUCGGCUGUGUUUGGUGUGGGGUAAAACGUGCACGAACAAGGGUAACUGUUGGCUAUACGAUCCCGAGUCGCUGAGAUAUAUACUAAAUAUGACAGCUGCAGUAUUUAUAGCAAUCGGUGCCAUCUUCGAUUGCGGUGUCUGGUAUUAUGUCAAAGAUCUGAAGAUAUUCGAUGAUGAGGUGAAGGAUGAUGAAAUGGAAAUGGUGCAAAAGGAGGAAGAAUCGAUGAAAACAGAAAUUUAAUGAGAUAUUAAAUUAAGAGUUUCGUUUCAAGGACUUCUCACUCUAUUUUAUUUUUCAAUAGAAGAAUCUAUAGCUGUUAUAUGUUUCUCUGUAAGUGUAAUGAUAUGUGUGUGAUCAUCAUGGAAGAGCAUUGUGUGCAUGUAAUAUUGUAUGAAUGUGAUAUUGCUUUUAAACAUUUAUUUUUUUACAUUCAGAACGCGAAAAUCUACUUUCUGAAAAUAAUACAUACAAUUGUUGGCUUUUAGAUUAAUUUUUAUUGAUAUUUGUUAAGUUUUAUGGCCUACGCUAAUUGUGUAAUGUUACAAUACAAAUGUAAUAAAAUUUAUUUUCAAAUUAAA